AUGUCUGCUCUAUUUUUCCUGCUAGUGGCGGUUCAUCUCAGCUCUAGUUUUCAUGCCACGGAUUCUAAUGGAGUGGAUAAACUUCAGGUUCAUCUCGUGCCACAUACCCACGAUGAUGUAGGAUGGCUGAAAACUGUGGAUGAGUAUUUUUACGGAUCUAAUAAUUCUAUUCAGCAUGCUGGAGUACAGUAUAUUUUAGAUUCGGUUAUCCCUCAGCUAAUUGCAGAUCCUACUAAGCGGUUUAUUUACGUGGAAAUCGCUUUCUUUGAGCGAUGGUGGAACGAACAAAGCGAUAAAAUGAAAGCGGAUGUGUAUAAACUUGUUCAAGGAAAAAGGUUAGAGUUCAUAAACGCAGGUUGGUGUAUGAACGAUGAAGCUGCCACACAUUACAACGCAAUUAUUGAUCAAAUGACUUAUGGACUGAAUUUUGUGGAAAAGACAUUUGGAUCGGAUGCAAGACCUCGAAUAGCCUGGCAUAUCGAUCCAUUCGGUCACUCAUCUGAACAAGCAUCAAUCUUUGCUCAAAUGUCAUUCGAUGGAUUUUUCUUAGGUCGCGUCGAUUACGCCGACAAAAACCUUCGUCUGAAGCAGCAAAGAAUGGAAAUGGUUUGGAGAGGAAGCAAAAAUCUCGGACAAGAUUCUGAAAUUUUCACUGGGGUUCUAUAUAACAACUAUGCGCCUCCACAAGGGUUUAAUUAUGACCAGUCCUGGAAAUACGCAAUCCCAAUACAAGAUGAUCCAAAUCUCUUUGAUUACAAUGUCAAUGAAACUGUCGAAAGAUUUGUAAAGGCAGCAAAUGACCAAGCUGCACACUAUAAGACUAACCAGAUCCUUAUGACCAUGGGCGAGGACUUUCAUUACGAGAAUGCCAACACCUGGUACAAAAACCUGGACAAACUCAUCAAGUACGUCAAAAGGGUAAGUAUAAACAUUUUAAGUUCAAUACAAUUUAACAUAGUCUAUGCCUGCCAACUCUCACGCCUUAGGCGUGAGUCUCACGCCUGUGGGUUGAAAACUUCGAUCUCACGCCGGCUCACGCCUGCGGCCAAUUUCUCACGCCUGAUUGAAAAAUGUGAGUUGUUGCCGUCCUGCUUGACACAAUUUCCAAAAAUAUGUUAACUCAGACCCAUGUAAGGAACGAAAACCAUGUGUAAAAUGAAUAAAUGGCAAUACCUUCCUCGCUAUCUCUGAUUUUUGAAAUGAAAAGCACUGGGAGCGAGCUCGCCUUUGGCAGACUUCGGCAGACUUCGGACGUCUUCGGAAGACUUCGGACUUCUUCGGGAAUCUUCGGAAAUGAUCGUGUCGUUUUAAAAAAUCCCAGCACUCCCAGGAUAAAAAUCUCACGCUUAUAUCUCAGAAAAAGUUGGCAGGUAUAACAGUCACACUACUUUCUCUGUGACAUCAUAUGCUAUUCGACAAUAUCGUGCUAAAAAACAUUAACGAAAAAUAUAUAUGGAUAACGCAAAUGCACACCUCUCAGGACGACCAUGUCUUUUUGCUGUGGAAAGGGGGCGAACAUCUCCGGAUGUUUUGAACCUGCCUCUUUUCUACCCAGAGACGUGAACAGAGAAGAGAAGACAUUCAGAACGCGCACCGAAUGAACCAAUUUCAGUGCUUACUGCUUGCCGUAGCACAACUAAAUUAAAAACAGGUGCGACCAAAACGGUCAGUAAAAGGAGCGAGAAUCAGUUUGGUGCGAAGACUUUGUACGACCCUUUCUUUUGCUGCGAUGACUAAAGAGGCGCAAGUGAAGGAUACCUCCCGUCCUCAAAAAUGGCACAUUACAUUAUUGAUAAUCACUAGUGGAGCAGAGUAAAUAUCCUUGCAGAUUGCAACAAAUAAAAGGUCUUACCCGUCCUAAUUAAUUACUGCGUGAGACUGCAUCAAGUGUCUUAAAGUAUCUGCCAUCUCUUAGUCAUCUAAACUGUGGGGCAACAACUAUUAUAGUCCUAUUCAUGAUGUAGUUAAACUUCAGAAUAGAGCAAUUAUAAUAAUUAAUGAUGUUCUGAUUAUGGAUAAUAUUACCCCCCACUAUGUAAAUCUAGGCAUUUUGAAAUUUCCUGACAAUGUUAAAUUUCUUUUUUUAUCUCUUAUGUUAUUCCGAACCGUCCAAUUCUAUAAUUACUCUUUUCUGUAUCAGAACAACCAUGAAAGCUAAACUACGAGUAAUUUCCUUUGCAGAACAAGUCUAUAUUCCCCUUUUCAGAACAAACAUUAGAAAGUUCUCUCCCAGUUUUAUUGGAAGGCAUUUUCCAUCCGAGCUAGGCCUACAAUCAUUACUUAUCCCAGUACUAAAUGCUAGAUUGACUUAGUUGCUUAAUCUACUCAUACUAAUUUAUGUACAUAAAUAUACUGCUUUCAUGUGUAUGUGAAUAAUUUUUGACCAGUUCUAUUUUACUUGCUUAUUGUGUGAUAUCUUUUUUGUUUUUGUUUAAUGGCAAUUAAGAAUCUACUGUAUUUUUUCAACUAUUUUGCCCAUUUUCUUUUUAUUUCUCAAUUAUUCUUAUCUAUAAACUUGUUUCUUCUGUGGAAAAAUAAAAUACUACUACUACUACUUGACUUUUUACUUCACAAUGAGUAACGUAUUGAUAACUUACUAAUAAGUCAGUUGAAAAUGUGGGUGAAUUAUCAGGGAUUCUCAGCUUUCUGUUAAUGAUACUAAUCUUUUAAUUCUAACGGCCCCCAGCACGUGGACAGAUAUGUUUGUGCUGCGCGGAAGCCAAACCAUUUUACCAGUGACAUCUGCAGAUCAAAAGUCCGAAAACAACGAUUUCACUCUGUAGAAAAAACAAGUAAUCAGGCCUCACCCUGAAUCAACAAACUAGCAGCAUUUGAGUCGAUUGUUCUAGAAUCUAUCACCAUAACUGAUUCUCAAACAGACGGUCUAAUCCUCAGAGAGAUAAAGUUCGUAUCAAUUAAUUUAAGCCUGCCAUAGUACGCCCGCAAGAACGUCUUCUUUGAAGUCAAACUUGACACCCAGUGCAUAUGGCCACUCAUUCUCUAGUGCAUUUAUUAUUUUUCUUAUUCAGUUUUGUUAUUCACUUAUUUAUAUACGAGGAAUCAUCAGUUUAAAAGUACAUACUAAAUAAUAGUAAAGUACUAAUAUCUGAUUUACAUGAUCGCCGUGUGGGAUAAUCGCAAUAAGGCCCUAUCGUCAAAUGCAUCUGCAUAACCUAGAUUAUCAUGAAAACCUCAGACCUGGUUACUUGUCAGCAUCAGAUUUUACCCUAACUGCCUCGUCUCCUCAAAAAUCAAGAAUCAGGACGAUUUUAUCAUACCUUGUUCCUUCACAUGGGAAAGCCCUCGAGCAUCCUUCUACGUCACAAAUAUCCCCACGCCCAGCCGUCAUGGGCCUUCUGGUUAAUUUCCACUGACUUGACGCAGUUGGCAUUUAACUUUUCUAUUCAGGAAAACGUUUCCGUACUCGGUAACAAUAACGUUCCCAAGGAGCAGACCAUAAAGCCGUGAAAAAUCAGUAUCCCAAAUGCUUCAAUGAAGUGGGAGAGUUCAAAUAUACUGCUUGAUCUCUGUGUACCCCCGUUAGUCCAUUCACUGAUGUUUGAGCUCGUCAGUGAAAAAGGAACAGGACAAGAAGGCUAAAAUGGCGCAGUGGCAAAGAAAGGAGAACCUACAAAAUGGAUCAAUAGCCUGUUCUCUCGACUGCAAAACAGUCGGUUUUUACUCAAAAUCGGUAAAGGUAUCGGUAAAGCGUGGCGCUAAGCGCGAGAGCCUCAAACGCCCGUAGGGCGUGUGAGGCGAGGUUUUUAGCCUCUCUCCCCAGUCUCGCUCUCCGUUUUCAGCCUCGUUCCAGACCUUUUGAUUGACUGCUCGUGCGUAGAAAGAUAACACGCGGAUGGAAAAUCGCUCCUCCCUCUGCGUCUCACCUCUCCAUGUGGCACGACGAUUUUCACGGGCGCCCGAGUAUUUCGCUCACUCAACUAUCCCGGCCAAGGAAAGUGAGGGACUACUCGUAACGGUUACUCGAUCACUCAAGGUAUGUAACUGGUUCUAGCUACAGCCGUGAGCGCUUCCGGUGUUUGUGUUUCCUGUGCUGAUGCUGUUACUUCUCGUUCACUGACAUGGUUUAUACAGAAUUUUGGGAGGAAAAACAAUGACUUUUCAAGGACUUCUUUUUGCUGUACUUUGACAUAGAAUGACACGAAGUAAAGAUCUUUCAAAUUCGUGCGUGGAAGGAGGUUUACUUAUUGCAGCUUAUUGCAAUACCUUCCCCCAGGAAGGCACGGUUCCUAGGGAACUUCAAAUAACGGAAAAUGAACUAUACAGGGAACAUUGGAAUCAUGAGAAAACACACUUUCAUGAUCACCAAGAAAAUUUACGUACUUCUGUGCUUUCAAUCUUUCCUUUGGGCAAAACACUUUUUUAACAAAGGUUAUUUUUAUUGAAAGAGCUUUCAAAAAAUAUUCAAGGACUUCUGUGGAAAACUCAAGGACUUUUUAAGGAUAUCCCACAAUUUUUCAAUUUUCAAGGACUUUUCGAGGACAUGAUGCUUUUUCAAGGACUUUUCAAGGCCCGUGCGAACCAAUAACCAAUGUCACAAUAAAGUGGUGUUAAACUCAAAUUCAAGUUACGGCGAUACAUACUUAUUGCAACUACAACUAAUAGUAUACUCUUUAAAUAUUCAGAAAUUUCAGUUUAAUAACUUGAUCAGUUAAAGUAAGCAUAAGCAAGAGCCAUGUGGCUUCAUAUGGCAAGAAAUAUAGUCGUCAGAAGAUUUGAUAGACCAAACGGGGCACUGGACACUAGUAGUGCCAGACCCACCCGACCCUUAUGGCGCCUGUCAUCGCCUGUCAUCGCCUGUCAUAAGUUCAUAAGUCGACAAAAAUAUCUCGUGACUCACGUAUGACUUUACAGUUGGGGCAGUGAUUCACUUUAACAUCGCGUCAAGAUGUACAGUUUGGUGUUUUUUGUUGCCAUUUGUACUCUUGGCCUAGCCUUUGAAUGCAAUUUUAACAGAGAAGUGAAGAACGAAGAUAAACUUCAGGUUCAUCUCGUACCACAUACCCACGAUGAUGUAGGAUGGCUGAAAACUGUGGAUGAGUAUUUCUACGGAUCUAAUAAUUCUAUUCAGCAUGCUGGUGUACAGUAUAUUUUAGAUUCAGUUAUCCCUCAGCUAAUGGCAGAUCCUAAAAAACGGUUUAUUUACGUGGAAAUCGCUUUCUUUGAGCGAUGGUGGAACGAACAAAGCGAUACCAUGCGAGCGGAAGUGAAGAAACUUGUUCAAGAAAAAAGGCUGGAGUUUAUAAACGCAGGUUGGUGUAUGAACGAUGAAGCUGCCACACAUUACAACGCAAUUAUUGAUCAAAUGACUUAUGGGCUAAACUUGGUGGAAGAGACUUUUGGAUCGGAUGCAAGACCUCGAAUAGCUUGGCAUAUCGAUCCGUUCGGUCACUCAUCUGAACAAGCAUCAAUCUUUGCACAAAUGUCAUUCGACGGAUUUUUCUUUGGCCGUAUCGAUUACGCUGACAAAAGCCUUCGUCUAAAGCAGCAAAGAAUGGAACUGGUUUGGAGAGGAAGCAGAAAUCUUGGACAAGAUUCUGAUAUUUUCACUGGGGUACUUUACAAUGGUUAUAAUCCACCUAAAGGAUUUUGUUAUGAUCAAUUCUGUACUGACAACCCCGUCCAAGAUGACCCUAACUUGUACGAUAACAAUGUCAAGGACACAGUGGAGAGAUUUGUUCAAACAACAUGCAAGCAAGCCUCACACUACAAAACAAACCAUAUCAUUUUGACGAUGGGUUCAGAUUUUAUGUAUGAAAAUGCAAACUUAUGGUACAAGAAUCUGGAUAAGCUGAUUAAAUAUGUAAAUGAUGUAGGUACAAACCUGUUCCCUUCAGGUUUUUAGUUCUUUACCAUUGAUUAUCAAAUGAGUAGUGUUUGAUGGAAGUUUGGUAAUCACAUUUUUUAUCAUUUAUAAAAUUGUGUUGUUGUUCACAAACUUAGUUUCAACUCAGCCUUUGAUGUCGUCAACAGCAAAGUGCAUUAAACUGUGAGAUAUAACUGGUUUUUUAAUUACCUCUUCCACAAUGGUUAUCUCUUUAAUUUAACCUGAGACCAAGCCAAAUAUUAGCAGCUCUCUUACAUUGAUGCUCUUUCUUUUUGUUUCAUCAUGCCUGGAAUGUUAUAUUUACCAAGCAAAACAAAAUUCAGCCUGAUCUGUUAUUAUCUUUUAUUUAUUUUACACUCUUUGCUGUUAAUGGCGUCAAAGGCUGAUUUGUUGCCCCUGAAAAUGGAAGAAGUUGUUAAAACAAGUAGAUAUAAAAGAUCUGUUGUGGUUACUCAGCUGAUAAGUGCAGUGUAGUUAGUCCAUGAUAACAUGGUUUGGACAAAGAAAAUUGAAGAUCUUUUAAGUGUUUUAAUCAACUUAGAGAAGGUAAGAAUGAAUUUUCACAGGUGCCUUCAUUUGAUCAUUGUGCAAGAUUAGUUGCAGGUAUAGUGGCGGAUUCAUGGAUAGGGGAAGGGAGCUGAAUUCUCUGUUAAUACACCCAUGAGGCUGGACGAUUUUUACAGUAAUUUAUAAAGCUAAUUUGUAGGAUCAUUUAUAAAGGGCAAUGUGGCUAAAAAUUAAUAGAAAUUAAGGAUCUGCUGAAGCGGGCUUUAAAAAACAAAGACCACUCACAGCACACUUUCUCUGGAAAGUGCAUGGACCUUGAGAAACUUGACAAAAACAAAGACAAAAAAGGUUUCCAAAAAUGAAAAGCUCCUAGAUUUCUUAGAACAAACUCUUCAGUUUUUCCUGAUGAGGAUAACAUGCUUCCAUGCUAGAGACUAAUACCAAAAUCUCAUAGGAAAAAUUAUCACUGAGGUUAAAUUUGCUGAACAGAAGUCAGAUUUACCACAAAAAGGAUUUUUGUUUCGAGAUACCGCCCUGCCGUUGCCUAAUCUUAAGAACACCUUAAGAUAAAAUGGCAUCUAAUUGAAAUCUUUCACAAAGAGAAAUAUAUAAGGAGCCUCCACUUUUGUACUUAUUUUAAUACUAAGGUCAUGUAUUACACUAGUGACUUGCAUUUGGCCCUUAUUUUCUACUCAUGAUUGGCCUUUUACUAAACAACCGCUUACUGCUGAUUGGUUCUCUGGUAAUUUGCGCAUGAUUGUCAACUGUAUUUGCGAACAAAGAGAAAGGUAUUUAACGGCUUGUUUCAGCAGAUGUUUGUGGGGAAAGAACGCCUGACAAAGCCCUAAGAAUAUCUACAUGAUUGAGAGGCUAUGUGAAGGUGUAAUGAUGAAGUGUUUAGUACAGUGAAAGUUGGAUCCAAAUGCUUUUUCCUCAUCCUGUGGCUGUGAUUGUGAUGUUGUUGUGUUUCUGAUCAGUGACUUAAUGCCAACCGUUUAAGUAGUCUGAGCAAGGUUUCAUGCAGUUGGCAAGAAUAUUAGCCAUGCUUACCCCCGGUAAUGCUGUAGAGCAUACAUGGCCAGUGCCGGAUCCAGACCUUGAGAUAAGGGGGGGCCCUGGUCAUCCAGACCCUUACAUAAGGGGGGGAGGGAGGGGGGGGCCUAGUCUCCAAAAAAAAUUUUUUGGCCCUUCGGGCUUCAGUUUGGUUUAAAAAUAGGGGAGGGGUAGCCCCCCGGGCCCCUCCCCUAGAUCCGCCACUGAUGGCUAAGCUUUAUAUUUUAAAACUUUUUGAUCGGGAUAAAAUUUUGUCAGAAAUGUUGCACUAAAAUGUAUACACCUGAUGAAGAACAUGUUACGCGGUAAAUGAUUUGAACCCCAGCCAGAGGUCAUAUCAUAUUACAUGCAGUAGGUGGAGCCAUAGAAAAUGAUUGCACACGUGAGUGUUUUCAAAUAUGACCAGUUAUUGUUGACACUGUGAAUGAUUUUUUAAAAAUCUGUGCAUCAUCAGAUUCGAAGUGAAUCAUUACAUCAUUUUAUGGUUGAUGAUUUUGAACUCUGGUUUUUGACCUGAUUGGUCAACUAAGAACAUGUGGUCUGGUAAAACCCAUCGGCUACUAGUAUGAAAAUUGCAAGCUACAUGUACCUUGGAAACAGCAAUAAGAAAGAAAGAUCUGAGCUAGUUAGUUAAUACUUAAGUGCAAGGAAGCUUGCCUAAAAUUAAAAACUAUUAUGUUUUCUCCUUUAGGAUGGCCGUGUGAAUGCUUUCUACUCCACACCAACGCUUUAUUUAGAUGCUCUUCACAAAGCUAAUCAGACAUGGGAAUUGAAGACUGAUGACUUUUUUCCAUAUGCAGACUGUCCACACUGUUACUGGACUGGUUAUUUUACCAGCCGACCAGCUCUUAAACGAUAUGUUCGACUCAACAACAAUUUGCUUCAGGUUAGUUAUUGCCUGAUAAUGUGCCCCCAUAAUGUAUAAUGUUGUUAAUUCACCCAAUAUGAAGGUAAAGUACUGUUUGGACAAACAAAGAAAAAAGGACUGGAAGAAUUAAGAAGAUUUGAAAGAUAUUAGGUAGCCUGACGAGGGAGUGAAGAAUUUACUUUGAGUGCGGCGUGAUGGGUGUGUCUUACUGGCAUUCAAACCUUUACCAGGUGCUGCACAAAAUAGCAGGGGAACCUCCUGCCCCUCCCCCAUGCAAUAUGAUUUUAUGAUGCAAAAUAUCAAAUUACAUUAUUUUUUAUCUCACAUCUCAAAGUUUGACUUAGCUAGGGUUAGGGUUGACUUUAAAUGCAUGCCAUCAUAUAAGUGUGGCUUACUUGAUAUCAAUUCAGCUGCACUUGUCAGUAACAUUCCUGGGAGUAAUUUAAUGUUACUCGUCAAAUAUUUCAGGUGUGCAAGCAGCUAGAGUUAAUCAACGGAUCUGGAACUGGCAAAAAUGGCCCAACUUCAGACAUUCUGCGUCGAGCUAUGGGAGUAGCUCAACAUCAUGAUGCUGUGAGUGGUACUUCCAAACAGCAUGUGGCUGAUGAUUAUGCCAAACGACUCGCCAUUGGUGCUGCUGAAUGCCAGGUAUGAAAGUCAAAUCACUCUCCUGAUGAUUCUUAGUUUUUUUAUUUAAUUUUGGCCGAAAACUUCUUAAAGGUAAAAACUGAAUGAAUGAAAUGUUGUGGAUGAGAGGACAUUAGGCAUGUCCUCUUUACAUGUUAACAGUAAGCUUGGAUGUCACCAUACAAGGAAGCUACUGGCAGCCUCUAUCAGUCAAUUUAUGACCUUACUCAUCCCACCGACAGCCCAGGAUUAUGCAUGAUGUGUGAAAAUGAUUAUGGAUGAUGUCAGAAACUUCCCUUCUUUGUUUUGACCACUAGUGUCUGGUUCUUUUACAUCCCCUCCGAUUUCAAUAAUGCGUUCAUCUGAAUUGAGGUCUACAAGAUGUUAAAUUAUGAUCACAGCCAGUAUUAGCCUGUUCCAGGCAUUCCGAUAGUGGAGCGCGGCGCGAAGGAAGAGAGCGAGAAAAAAAUAAGCAGGAAAAGAGGGAGAGGGAGAGAGGAGGGUACGCUCUUACCCUGCUACCCCCUACCUCACCCCCUUGUUAAUUUUUUUUUCUGCUUACAUCUCUUUGCACUGUCCCCACGAUUUGAACGCCCGGAACAGGCUAAGGCAGUAUCAACUUACCUAUUUUUAAAGACUUUGGUAGUUGGUCUGGCCGACAUCCCGCUUGGCAGACCGGUGCUCUCCCAACUGAGCUGACCGGGAUAUAAAUCCUUUUUUUCUUUUCUUGUUUGUUUCAUUUUCGUCAUGGCCUUUUAUUGUUUAAAACACCUUUUUGUUUUUCCACUGUUGUGUAAGACUAUGACUGAAACUGUUUUGUGGAAGAAUAUUGAAGAAUGUUUGUGACCGGUUAUUUCGGUUCAUGAGAAUGAAUGCCAGUUACAUCUUGCGGGCCUACUACCAACAGGAAGUCGGUUAACUGCACUUUGCUUUUUGUAGCUUUCUGUUCUCUUUGAAGGUUUUGUCUCUACGUAGAUUGGAGUUCAAAGAUCCUUGUAUGUCAUAACGCGCUCUUGAAAUACAACUUGUAAAGUUACUGUUUUGAAGAGUUGUAUUUUAAGUUAAUUUAUUUCAACACAUUUCCCAACAAUUAUGGCAUUUUGUGAUUCAACGAUUUGUAAAAAAUACCGCAGAACUUCUAUCAUGAUAACCGUCAUUAUAAAAAAAAUCAUUGGAUAAUGCAAUUCUAGAGCUCUGAUUGGCUUAGCCAUCAUGGUAUAUGAGCCAUUAUACCAUGCUCUCCAAAUAUGGUAACUGUACGAGUCUGCUCAAAAUUUAAAACAAGCUGAAAAUCGGUUGUUUUUACAAAUAAAGGAGGGAAGAAUUCUCGAUAUUUUAUAGGCGUUUUUAAUAAGACAAUUAUUCCACUCGCGCUUGUUGGAUAUGAGAUGAUUAUAGCCAACUCAUAUCCAACGUUCGCUCGUGGAAUAAUUGUUGAUUGACAUGUGUCAUCAUCAUUAUCACAGUCGUGUUUUCUUCACCGUCGUUAAAAAAUUUUUUUUUUACCAACUUAGUUGAUAUAAAUCUCUUUACGCUGGCCAGUUUUUUUUUUUUUUUGACAAACAACACUUACAGUUAACGAAAUACAACUCUAACAUCCAAAAUAAAUGUAAAAGGCCAGUUUACUUUAUAUUAGAGCGCUUUUCAAUUGAGUGUCGAAAACCAAAACCAAAGUAAUCACAACGGCCAAUCAGAAUAAAGGAAAUUAUCAGAGGGAGCCAAUGGCAACUCGAAGUAAACGCGUGUAACCGGUCUUUAGCGCGAGAAAACGCGAGUGACCAAAGAGCGAUUGGUUUUAGUUUACAUCUGAUUGGCUGAGAGGGUGGCGCGAGUUUUCUAGACGAAUCAAACAGCACAGUAAAGAAAAACCAAUUCAAUCCUGGAUUACUUUCAACACUCAAUUGAAAAUUGCUCUAUCCUAUUGUUAUUAUUAUCAUCACGUCACCGACAUUAUCGUCGUCAUCAUCGUGAUCAUUAUUGUCUUUCCCAUAAUCGUCAAAACCAUCAUCAGACGCAGACCAUAUAACAAGCCUUAAUUGUUUGUGUGUUGUUUGCAGGACUUGAUAGCUGAUGUCCUCGGCAAAUUUACAGUGAAAAACUCUGGAACUCAGCCCCCUGAUUUGAAGUUCUGCGACCACCUUAACAUCAGCGUGUGUGACGUCACUGAGCAAAACAAGUCCUUUACUGUGACGGUGUAUAAUCCUAUUGCACGUGACGUAACUACUGUGGUUCGACUUCCGAUAGCAAGCAGCGCAAUGGCUGUUUAUGGACCCCAUGGAAAAUCGAUCAAAAGCCAAAUACUGCCAAUCUCUGACGCCACGAAACAACUUCGUAAAAUUCAGAAGCAAGCGAGUACCUCUUCCUUUGAAAUUAUUUUCAACGUCAAAAUUCCUGCUCUCGGCUUUGCCACCUACUUUGUGAACUCAACCACGUCGUCUCGUCUAAAAGACUUGUUCCGAGCUCCCGAGAAAAAGUUCUACGCAGAUGCCGAUGAAAUGUCCAUCGAGAAUGAAUUUAUUAAGCUUUCGUUUACGUCUGACACUGGUGAUUUGGUAAGCAUGACCGAUAAAAGCUCCAAGGUUACCACCGCUGUGAAACAGGCUUUCUACUGGUACAACGCGAGCAUUGGAAACAAACAAUCCAAGCAGCCCUCCGGAGCCUACAUCUUCAGACCAAACAAAAGUGAACCGAUCCUAAUCUCACAGGGACGGAAGACAGAACUCUUCAAGGGUCCCCUGGUGCAGGAAGUGCGUCAAGUAAUAUCUCCUUUCGUCAGUCAGGUGAUUCGACUUCACCCUGGUCAGCGGCAUGCAGAGUUUGAGUACACAGUUGGACCCAUUCCCAUCCGCGACAAUUGGGGCAAAGAGGUGAUCACUCGCUUUGAUACUGAUAUCAAAUCUACCAAGCUCUUUUAUACUGACGCAAAUGGCAGGGAAAUGCAAAAACGCGAGUUAAAUUUCCGUCCCACGUGGAAGCUGGACGUUACAGAGCCAGUUGCUGGCAACUAUUAUCCAGUCAACAGUCGAAUAUACAUCAAGGACGACGCUAAACAGUUAACAGUCCUGACUGAUCGUUCCCUUGGUGGGUCCAGCCUUAUGGAGGGCUCCAUGGAAAUCAUGUUGCACAGACGUCUGCUCGUAGAUGACUUAAGAGGCGUAGGCGAGGCCCUGAACGAGUCUGGAAUCUCCGGUAAGGGCUUGAUUGUCCGAGGGAAACUGUGCUUAACUCUAGCGCCGCCCCAGUCCUCUGCUGCUCUUCAUCGUGAACUUGGCGAGCUGAUGUUGCUCGAGCCUGUGCUUGCUUUCACGCCCAACAGCCUCACUUUCAACAAGUGGACGAGCCAAUAUAACUCCUUACACAGCGGUCUAAACCGUGAGCUACCCGCUAACGUGCAUCUGCUGACCUUAGAAACCAUGGGCGACUCAGCGCUGAUCCGAGUGGAGCAUCAGUACGAGGCUGGCGAGGACGCUAAGCUGUCGCAGCCAGUUAACAUUUCACUUGAAGGUCUGUUUACUGAUUUCGAGAUCGAAUCCAUGACGGAAAUGAACCUGUCUGCAAAUCAGCUUCUGAAGGAUAAACAACCUCUUCACUGGAAUAUUAAAACAAGAAAGGAAGCAGGAAAGAAGAAAAAGAAGAUGAUUUCACGGGCGGCCACUGAUUUAAACGUGCAUCUGACACCCAUGCAGAUUCGCACAUUUAAAGCUGUCAUUAAACGUCACAGCAACACACUGUCGCGUUAUUAUAAGAACUAAGUUCGGCUGAAAUACACAGAUAACGCUUUUUGGUAGUUCUAAACUACCAUUUUGCUUUAUUAAUGUAUAAUGCUUUUUUUUACAAAGUUUCGUAAAUUCCUCACAAUCCUUUUGUAUGAAAAUUGUAAAAGUGAAUGAAUAAGUAAUUACAGUGAUUAAACAUCUGUGUUUUACUUUGAAAAUCCCUUAGCUUUUAUCCUUGGCAGCUUGAAUUGUGGAAAAAGCGAAAGUCUUAAUAAAUGAAUAAGAAAAUUUGCGGGA